AAAUUGAAUGGCCCAGCGUUCUCGCCACCUCUUUCGACUCUUUCGAACGUCCAUGCAUCGUCGUCCCACUACGAGUCGUGCCACUGCCUGACUUUUAAAUACCGACUGUUCCUUUUACUUGCGCUCGGUUAAGGCCCCCUUUCCUUCCUUCGAUCGCGACGACGUCCGACCUGUCUUUGACAUCCCGGACUCCGGAGAGAUAAUGCUUGAUUCUUUUCCUGUUUUCUUAUCCUAGUCUCUUGAUUCAUUUAUCUAUUCGAACGAAACGACAACGACAUGCCUAUUAUGACCACCUCCUCACCUUCCCGGUCCUUUUUCGUUACCUUCAUCGCGGGUGCACUCGGCUCUAUUGGCCUCGGAGUGAGCGUAGCUGCUAUAUGGUUUAUAUGGCUUGUACCCAAUGCAAAGCCUGCCGUUCCCGAAUUAACGAAAGCGGCCUCGCGUAAAGCUCGCCGACGUUCUGCACCCCCUUCUCUGCCAUCUUCACGUCGGCAAGCAUCCAUUCUUCGUUCCCGCAGUCGAGCAGCCCUCAUCUCGGAGCCGUCCACUCCAGACAGUACUGCCACCCGACAUGUUUCUUUCUUGGACUCUCAGAUCAGGUCCGGUAACUCUAGACGGUUUUCAGUCCCUACUGAGGAAAUAAAGCAUGAGUCCGACGAGAAUUUACCAUCUCAAUCUGACUCUAGUCCUCGGUCAUCGUCUUCGACACUCGUUUCCCCCCAGGUUCCUAUUAAACUUAUUCUGGCGCGGUCUUCUGGCGUUGCAGAAAGCGGAGAUGGCUCAGCCGAGUCUGACUCUUCAACUCGCCGUUCGUCCCUGUUGUCGCCUCGCUUGCCAAAGAUGAGGAAUCCUUUGGGAGGCAAGAAACGAACUAAUGAAGAAAGAACUUCACUUGAUUCUGUCGAACGUCCUAAACCUGUUCGGGCGUCUAGCCUGUCUACUUCAUGGCAGCGUUGCAGGCAGCAAACUGCAUCUGACAUCCUUGACACACCUCCACCACCUGAGUCCGCUGGACGCCCUCCAUUUCGUCGUUUCUCAGGCUCGCAGUCAACUUCAUAUUUUUCUUUUAAAACAACACGAAAACCAUCGAAUCCUACACCAGCACCGCGCACCCAACCCUAUCAGUAUCCCUAUUUCGCUACCCCUCCUACGGGCGCUAAGAUUUAUAUCAGAGCGCUACCGCAGUCUGAAGGCGGUAGCACCAGUAGUUCAAGCAGUGUUGACUCCACCGCAGUUGCGAUGCCGGAGUCCACCCGGAGUAUUGAACGCACAGAGGCCAACGCGCAGGCACAAGCCUCCCUUGGCUACGGGAGACGUCCUACUCCUAAACGUAGAGCGGCGAGCGAGAGCUGGACAACGGGCGCCCCCCCGUAGCAAAGGUUUUAAAAUUACAAAUGCAUUAUUUUAUAAUUUUAUUCAGGGCAUAUUAGGGUGACCGUCAGGAUAGAGCAGUAACGAUUAAUAAUGCAACGAUGUAUUUCAUAGUCACGCGCAUCCACAUACCAUACUAUCGUGAUAACUUGUUCGAGCGAAAACCGGAAGAUCUCGCUCAGGUAAAGUGCCAAGGUCAAGUAGAAAUCCACGGAAGGAGCUUGGAAGGAGCAUACAAAUAUAAUUAUUUCAGCAAUCGCGUA